AUGUUUCCUGUCAACAUUACCAGCUCAAUUUUCUCCACCUUCUUGCUGACAGGCAUCCCAGGACUGGAGGAUGUACACAUUUGGAUCUCCAUACCCUUCUGUGCCAUGUUCCUCAUUACCUUGGUGGGCAACGUGACCAUCAUGACAGUCAUCUGGAAGGAGCAGACCCUCCACGUGCCUAUGUACCUGUUCCUGGCCAUGCUAGCUGCUUCUGAUCUGGGUCUGUCCCUCUUCACCUUCCCCACAAUGCUGAGGAUCUUCUGGCUGGAUGGUCGAGAGCUGACCUUGUCUGCUUGCUUCACCCAAAUGUUCUUUAUUCACACUUUCCAGGAUACUGAGUCAGCCAUCAUCCUGGCAAUGGCCUUUGACCGCUAUGUGGCCAUUUCUCGUCCAUUGCACUAUUCUUCCAUCCUCACCAACAGUGUAAUUGCCAGGAUAGCUUAUGCUAUUGUUGUUCGAACUUUGACUGUACAGGUGCCCCUCCCUAUCCUCUUGAGGAGACUGUGCUUCUGUCACUCCAAUUUACUUUCUCAUUCCUACUGCCUGCAUCCUGACAUCAUAAAACUCUCCUGCUCCAACACUAAGGUCAAUAGCAUCUUUGGACUAUUUGUGGUGCUCUCCACUAUGGGACUUGAUUUUCUCUUCAUUCUUCUAUCUUACGUGCUGAUACUAAAAACUGUCCUGAGCAUGGCAUCCCAUGGCAGCCGCCUCAAGGCUCUCAACACCUGCAUCUCCCAUGUCUCUGCUGUGAUCCUCUUCUUCACACCCAUGAUCUGCCUGUCUAUGCUGCAUCGCUUUGGCCCCAGACUUCCCUCACAUGUUUAUGUGGCCAUGGCCAACAUGCAUUUCCUCAUUCCUCCUGUGAUGAACCCCAUUGUGUAUGUGGUAAAAACCAAGCAGAUACGAGACAAAAUUCUGAAACUCUUCAUCAAAAAAAGACCAGGAGGAGACCAGCAGGCAGCACAAGAAACCCAGCACACCACUUCUAUAGCUUUGGCGCUUCAAAGUCACCUUAGUGAGUUCAAAGCUCUGUGCAGCAAAUAA